AUGUCAAGUGGAUCAAUGAUCAAUGUUGAACAUCGACAAACAAUUUCAAAUUUAUUCCACAAAUUUAUUCGAAUGACUGUUAAACAAAAUAAUUUAAAUAAAAAAUAUAAAAAGAAACAAACAACAACAAAUAUUCAACAAAUAAAUCAUUUUUAUUCAUCAUCUACUAAAACGAAACAAAAUUGUUUAACUCAAUCAUUAGCAACAUCGAAUAUUGAUCAAAAGAAAUUUAUUUCAAAUAUUCACUUUUCUAAUUCUUCAAAUCCUUCAAAUCAAAAUAGUUCUUAUUCGUACAGAGAUAAUUAUCAAGAAGACAAUUUUCAUGAUCAAUCGAAUAAUGGAAGUACUGGUUAUGGAUCAGGCCCAAAUACAAGUGGUGUUGAUUUACGUGAUAUGGAAAAUUCAUUUGGUGAUAUUGGAUUAAGUAUAACAUCAAAACCUUUAGCUAAAGUUCAGAAAUUUUCUGUUCAAACUGUUUUAAAUGGUUCGUUUCCUCGGGUAAGUGAUAAACAACAACAACAACAACAACAACAACAACACACACAACAGCUAACAAAUGGAAAUCGUAGUGUUAAAUCAUAUAAUAUAUUAAAUAAUGAUUCAUCAUUACCAUUUUUAAAUGAUAGUGUUGGAUCUGGAGGUACAUCAGCACGUUUACAUCAAACAAUAGUGCAUCAUUCUCAUAAUAAUUCGAAUCAUCAUCAUCAUGGUGGUGCUGCUGCUGUUACAGCAAGAAGUUUACGUAGAGAAAAAACUCGCGAAGGAAGUUUAAAAUCAUCUUCAAAAGAUACAGAUAUAACAAAUAAUCAUAAUUUAUAUCAUCAUCAUAAUACAAGUGCAUCUUCAAUUAUUUCAAGUUCACAUCAAUUUUCAAGAUCAAGAAGUUUCUUUAAUAAUAAUUCAACUGACAAUAUUAAUAAAAUGCCAAGUUUUCCAAUGAAACCAUCAGAAGCGUUAUCACAUUAUGGUGAUAAAUUAACUGAAUUUGAAAAAAAUGAAAUAUUCGAUUUCAAUGAAAUUUAUUUUCUUGGCUUAGAAGCUGAAAAAAUUUCAGCAACAAAUGUUAAAGAUUAUGAUGAUGAAAAUGGUUCCUAUAUGAAAAUGAGUAAAGAUCAUAUUUGUUAUCGAUUUGAAAUCUUAGAAACACUGGGCAAAGGUUCAUUUGGUCUUGUUCUUCGUUGUUAUGAUCAUAAAAAAAAAGAAACUGUUGCAUUAAAAAUAAUUCGAAAUAAAAAACGUUUUCAACAACAAGGUCUUGUUGAAGUUAAUAUAUUAACACAUUUAAAAACAUUAGAUUCCGAUAAUUCAUUAAAUAUUGUUCAUAUAAAAGAACAUUUUUAUUUUCGAUCUCAUCUUUGUAUUACAUUUGAAUUACUCGGAAUUAAUUUAUAUGAAUUAAUUAAAAAGAAUAAUUAUCAAGGUUUUAGUGUACAUUUAGUCAGACGUUUUGCUAAUUCACUUUUACAAUGUCUUCGUGUUAUGUUUAGAGAAAAAAUCAUUCAUUGCGAUCUUAAACCAGAAAAUAUUUUAUUAAGACAAAAAGGAAGCAGUAGUAUUAAAGUUAUUGAUUUCGGAUCUGGAUGUUUUCAAGCACAGAGAAUCUAUACAUAUAUUCAAUCUCGAUUUUAUCGAGCACCUGAAAUAAUCUUAGGUAUUCCUUAUACACCAGCUAUUGAUAUGUGGAGUUUUGGUUGUAUUCUUGUCGAAUUAUUUACUGGUUAUCCAAUAUUUCCUGGUGAAAAUGAACAAGAACAAUUAUCAAUGAUAAUGGAAGUUAUUGAUUUACCACCAAAUCAUGUACUGGAACAAGGAACUCGAAGAAAAUUAUUUUUUGAUUCAAAAGGAAUACCUCGAAGUGUAACAACAAAAACAUUAAAAAAACGUCGUCCAGCUAGUCGUCCAUUAGGGCAAAUUCUUCGAACAACUGAUCAAAACUUUAUUGAUUUUAUUCGUCGAUGUUUUGAAUGGGAUCCAGUUGAACGUUUAACACCAGAAGAAGGUUUACGUCAUCCAUGGAUUAUUGAAACAAAAUUAAAACAAAGAACAUCAAGAGAAUCAAAAAACAAAUAUCGAACAAAAAAAGAUGAAAAUAUUUCAACUGUCAAUGCAGAUUCUUAUUUUAGUCUAAAUGAAACAACGGGAAAUGAAGAAAAUAUUCCAAAUGAUGAUGAUAAACAAACAUUAACAAAUGCUGCUUCAAUAACAAUUUUGCCUCGAAUUUCUAAUCAAUAA